AUGCCUGCUCAAAUAACCGGCCCUGUGGCACCCAGCAUCCCGAUUCACGUUGGUAACGACCAGCUCAAUAACUACCGCAAGCAACACAAGCACUCGCGAUCAUCCUACUCGGAGUCGUCACCGCUGGCCAACUCAAGAAACAACUCCUUGACUUUCCGCCCCCCAAAACGACACAUGUCAAGCCCAGACAAGACCAUUGCUAUUACCAAUGCAAGCGGUCGCCAGGCUGCGUCCCUAAUCCGUGUCGCCACAGCGGUGGGAUAUCGAGUUCGAGCGCAAUUGAGAAAUCUCGAAGGUGUGGUAGCAACCGAAGUCUCGACGAAUCCAAACGUAAAAGUGUUUGUGGGAGAACUCUAUACGAGGCAUAAUCCCACAAAGGAGAACAAGGAUGUGACGCAAAAUGGCCCAAUUGCUGGAGUGGGUGUAAACCAUGACCUUAUCUCAGAUCUUUUCCGUGGAGCACAAUUGGCCUUUAUCAACACGACUUUUUACGGCGACGAAGCACAAAUUGGUAUUGCUCUAGCCGAUGCGGCGAAGAAGGCUGGCGUCCAACACUACAUUUACUCGUCAAUGCCGGAUCACAAGGCUUACAACAAGGACUGGCCUUCUCUGCCACUCUGGGCAGCGAAACAUGAAGUUGAAGAGUAUGUUCGCAAAGUCGACCUUCCUGCUACGUUUGUCUACACAGGCAUUUACAACAACAACUUCACGUCGUGCCCAUAUCCACUGUUCUGUAUGGAGCUGCAAGAAGAUGGGUCCUUCAUUUGGCAAGCACCCUUCCACGAGGAUGCCAAGCUUCCUUGGCUGGAUGCUGAACACGAUGUAGGCCCGGCUAUUGUGCAGUUGUUCAAAGACGGCGUCUCCAAGUGGAAGGGUGAGCGGAUUGCUCUUGCAUACGAAUACCUUUCACCCAAAGAAGCCUGCAGAUUGUUUGCACGAGGUGUCGGUCGUCCUGUGCAUUACGUCCGCGGCCCGAUUGAAAUCAAGGUCCAAAUUCCCACUGGCUAUCGUGAACAGUUGGAGGCGCUCGAGAAGCUUUUCAAGCUUGAAGAGAAGGACCCCAAGAGGCAACCGCCUUACUUCGGCGACAUGAAGCUCGAGGUUAGCUGUCCUACGGAGGCGCUUGAGUUAUGGGAGGGCCCUCGAGGGCUGGAGGAAUAUGCUAGAGAAAUGUUCCCGCUCGAGGAGGAAGCUAAUGGAUUUACCUGGAUGCUGGACGAGGACGAAAUCGACCAAAGAUCCGCCGCUGACGAGAAGCUCAAUGCCACAACGACGUCUGUUGAGCAAUUGAGACUUCACGAUGAGAAUGAAGAUGACGACUCCGAUGAUGAAGACGACGGACUCGUUAUGAGAGGCUUGAGGAGAAGCGAGGAGCAGUGGCUGGCAUAG